UAUAGCAACUGCAAUUUGGGAGAGACGUAUUCAAUGCGCGCACAGGACUUUAAAAACGGUGUGCUUUUAGUACGGAAGACAGGGCCUUUGAAAAUAUCGAGAUGUCGUGUUUAUGAUGUUUCGAUGCGGUUUGAGGUUUCUACUUUCUGAUCAGUGACGGAGCGGAAGACUGACAUAUUACAAAUAGCGACUGAAUUCUCCUAACAUGAAGCGUCGAAUGGUAAAAAUGAUUUUUUUUUUCAGUUCGUGGAAUUAAAUACAUUUAAACGGAUCAAACGGAGCGCAUUUAUACCGGUGUGACGUGAUGGACGAUCAUCUGAUCACUGUUUGACAAUUGAAUUGGUCACAGAAUGGAGGUUCCUGCAGUAAACCAGAGUUAUACACAUCCACCACCGCAGCCAUGGGCCGGACAGAAUCCCUGGAGCCCAACCGUGCUUCCACCCAGCUGUCCGCCUCCUUCAUAUCACUAUCCAAACCUGAGCCCAGAUCAGCAGAGUGUGACCCCGAUGAGCCACACGACAGGAACCGCAGCAGGCCAUCGGCCUCAGUCACUGUACUGGGACCCUUUACAGCAAAACUACCAGGGGGUCUUAAAGCCUGUUCCUGAGAUCACAAAUAUGACGACUCAAGGAAUGCCACAGAGAAGCUGCUCAUUACCAACGAGUCCAGUGUCAAAUUCUAAGACAGAGUCUCGGUACGGUCUGGAUCCUCAGCUUCUACCCAGCGUGGUCCAAGUGAUAAAAGAGGACAGGAUCCAGUGGGAAGGGAAAGUAUUUGUUUCAGAAUCCAAAUCUUCAGUUCCCCCUCUCUCCUCAACGCAGUGCACGCUGGAGGACAAAGGUACUGGCACACCUCGUUUCGUCCGCUGCACGUCCUACAGCUUCCCUGUGGAAGCUCAGUCAGCUCAGAAGAGUCAUCUCCCACUGGGUGCUAUCGUGUGUCCGCUGGCCAGGCCAGAAAAUGGAGAACGUGAUGUUCCAGUUUGUGAGGCGGGAGAUUGUGUUAAGGGCUGUGUGCACUGCGGGGCCUUCAUGAGCCCUGCUAUGAGCUGGCAGGACUGCGGGCAAAGAUUCUACUGCCCUUUCUGCGACAAACUCAAUGAAGUGCCAUGGCAGUCCUAUCAGCCCACUAAUCAUGGUCAUCGCGUGGACUGCGGAAAAAAACCUGAGCUCAGUCUCGGCUCGUAUGAGAUCCUGGAAAAACAAACGGGUAAAGCUGCUGUGUUGCUGUUAGCGAUAGAUGUGUCUGCCAGUGCGAUGAGAACGAGGCAGUUAGACCGCAUUUGCAAGCAGAUUUGUUCUCAGUUGCAAGCUUUAAAUGGGCCUGAAGAAACUAUUAGAUCAGAUCUUCGAGUGGGUUUGAUGACCUAUGACAGCCGGAUCCAUCUGUAUAACCUGAGUCCAGCUCUGUCCCGCCCUCACAUGAUGGUCAUCACUGACUGUGAGGAGCUGGAACUUCCUGUGGUGGAGGGCCUUCUGGUGCCACUGAAAGACUGCAGACACAUUCUUGAGAGGGUUCUACAGGAGAUUUCGCUUUUCAACCCUGAAUCGGAUAGAUCUGGCUCACAUGAGCUUUCUGUUUCUGCAGGGCUGAAGAUUCUUCAGGAUGCAGCGUCUCCAGGCAAAUUAUUGAUCUUUCAUUCCUCACCUGUUUCUGAAGGCUCAAAUCAGAAAAGCUCCUCUGGUCUCUUUAGCUCUAGCAAAGCGAAGUCCAUCUUCCAAGGACCAGAUUCUACGAUCUCACUGGCUAAACAAUGUGUCAAUCACGGCUGCAGCGUGCACAUUUUUGUGUUCUCCCAUCAAGAAGUAGGCGGAGCUUGGCCAGGCCACAUCCCCUAUCUCACAGGGGGCGGUCUCAUCUGCUAUAAUAGUCUGCAGUCGGAGAUGGAACAGGAACGCUUCCGAGCUGAUCUGAGCAGAUGUGUAAAUAUGCAGAUGGCCUUCAAAGUUCAGCUCAGAGUUUUUGUCAGUAAAGAGAUGCGCAUAUCUGGUUGCUAUGGCUCCUUCAUCGCCGGUCCUGACUCCUGCUGUGUUGCCAUGGCAGCGCUUGAUUGGCGCACAGCUCUGGCAUUUGAGUUCACUCACAACAAAUCUUUGGAUGAAACGAGGGGCGUAGCCAUACAGUUUGCGCUGUCAUACAGUAGCUCCUCCGGAGAGAACAGGACGAGGAUACACACUGUUAUUCUGUCUGCUUCCCGUCAACCACUAGACGCUUUUAGAAGCAGCCAGGCAGAGACCCUCCUCACAUUCUACUGCAAGAAAAUGUACACGUUGGCCCUGGAGAGUUCGCUGCAGUCCCUGCGUGAGGAGUUACAGACGGAGGUUACUGAGAUGUUGGCUUGCUUCAGGAAACAAAGCUGCACUACCUCUGUGUCCCCAGGACAGCUGGUGCUGCCUCAGUUUCUGAAAGCCGUACCUGUCUACGUUAACAGUCUGCGCAAAAGCGAGGUGCUGCUGCCUGGGCUGCGGAGCUCUGUACAUCAGCGUCUGCAGCUGCGUAGCCUCAUUGUCUCCAUGGACACGCUGAGCACAGCUUCUCAGUUCUACCCACUUAUUCUGCCACUGUCUGUCUCUCCUGAUAAUGCCAACACGCCAUCAUUAGGGGAAGCCGUGCGCUGUACUGUCUCUAGUCUGGAUCCAGGGGGUCUGUAUCUGAUCUCCUGCCCACUGGCACUGCUCCUUUGGGUGGGCAGCUGUGUGCCUCCUCACACUCUUCUCCAGCUUCUCAACACCAACUCCUUCUCCUACCUCACAUCUGGAGAGAUCAAACUUCCCGAGCUUGAGAACCCACUCUCCAUCAGCACCAGAGCUCUCAUACGCUCUCUGCAGUCCUCGGCAGCUGUUACUCUUCAGCUAAAACUGGUGCGGGAGGGUGACAGCUGUGAGGAGUCUCUACAGCGCCUCCUGGUGGAGGACAAGAGUCCUAACGGUGGAGCUUCCUACGCUGACUUCCUCUUUCACCUUCAUGUCAAUGCGUUGCGUCUUAUUGUGUGACAGUGUCUUCUCGUAGACAAGGCUGUGGAAUAUUUGUCCUUCGUGAUAGUCCAGUACCGAUGCAGAUGACCUUUUUUCUUCGAUAGCCAUUGCUUUCUGGAUUUGCCAUACAUUUACCUCUGAAAUAUUUACAUUUUACAACUUUAGUAAAUGCAAAUUCGAUGUGACCAGCUUGUUUUAGGAGAAAUGUUGAAUACUAAGAUUAGUCCUUUAAUUUUCAAGGGCUCAGAAUGACUGAAUACUGUUUGAACUCCCAUCAAAGACUCAGUGAUUAAUGAUUCUCUAUUUGAAGUGUGUGUGUGUGUGUGUGUGUGUGUGUGUGUGCGCAUUUGGUCCUAGACACGGUUUUGAUUUUAACAUUUGCUCUUGUGUCAUGAAUAUUGCACUCUGAAUUGAAUUCAUGAAUUUGGCCAGAUGGCAGUGGAGUGCACGUUAAUAUUUUUCAAGCAAUAAUAUAUGCAUUGAAUUUUUGGUCUCAUUGCAUCUCAGUAUUUAAUGUCUUGUUUUUUCAAAGGGCCAUCAUCAGCAUGUGGACCUAACACUUUACAGUUUUAAUCAUUUAAUCAUUUUGUAUGAAGAAAAUACUUUUCUCUCCAAUAAUGAAUAAACAACUGUAAAUGUG